GGUCCUUCAAUGACAAUGAGGUUAAUCGACAGGAGCGGCAGACGUACUCACAAUCUUCCCACAAUGGAGGAAGUCGCUGCUGUCAUACCAACUGAGUAUAGUGAUCGAAACUUUAGAGAUAUUUUACUUACCUUAAGAAGAAAUCGUUAUGACAUCAUACGUCAAGGCUAUGACUUUGACCAGCACUUUCAAAGAAUCAGUCGAACACAUGCUGCAUAUAUGCCCACCCAUUAUGUCCUAUUAUUUCCUCAUGGAACCUACGGAUAGCAUUGGGGCAUGCGCCUUUCCUCCUCCACUGCCACCAUUACCGCAACGGCUACGAAUGAAGAAGUAACUACUUCAACAAGGCAAAGAGAUCGCCUAUCUCAGCGCGCUUACUAUGGAUUCAGAUUGUACCUGAGAGGAGAACAUGAGUUUCCUGCUAUCUUUUAUGCCAAAAAGCUUUUUCAGCAGUUCCUGGUGGAUGCACGGGCAACCUGUGGCCAGAAUAAGUUAGUUUGGAUUCGUCACAACCAAGAUAGGCCUCGGGCUGAUGCUUAUAACGGAUUAGCAGAUGCUAU